CGGCCGUAAUUGGACAUCCAUGGCGCCUUUGUGCAGUCUGUCAACAAACGCACAAACAACGCGUUCCACAAAUUAACACGCAGCUUCUCUUUCUUUAUCUCUCUCCUUCUUGUCCUUUUUUUUUCUUUCUUUCUUUAGGAAGAGAGAUGAGGGGGGACGACGUUAGAAGCAGCUGCAGGAUGUGAUCUCGACACCGGCAGGAAGAGUUAGAGGGACUCUCGUCCGUAUCUUCUCCCCAUCUUUGUCUCCGAGAUCUCUCCCUCUCUCUCCUCUCUCUCUCGGCGAAGGACCCCCACGACCAAAGCAUUCUUGGGACCGUACCAAAGGCAUGGCAACGCCGCCGCAGCAAUCGAAGCCCUUGAGGCUGUACCAAGCUUGGAAGGGGAACAACAGAUUCUUCUGUGGCGGAAGAUUUAUAUUUGGUCCUGAUGUAUCCUCGUUAUUUCUAUCAACGUUUCUGAUAGCGGGUCCUUCGAUUACGUUCUGCUACCAAAUAAUCAUCAAAAUCCUCAAGUAUGAGAAGCUGGACAUGUCAGAACACGUAGUUCACCACCCCAUACUUGGCCUUCCGGUUCUCAUCGUGACAUUGGUGAUCACGAUAUCGGAUUUGAUGUUCCUGCUCAUGACAUCCAGUAGGGAUCCAGGCAUAGUGCCCAGAAACACGAGGCCACCGGAAGUAGAUGAGGGAUUCAGUGUGACCACCCCGUCCGUGGAGUGGAUCAGUGGCCGAACCCCGCACCUGAGGAUACCCAGAACCAAGGACGUCAUCGUCAAUGGUUUCUCCGUCAAGGUGAAGUACUGCGACACGUGCAUGCUGUAUCGCCCACCCCGUGCUUCCCAUUGCUCCGUCUGCAACAACUGCGUCCAAAAGUUCGAUCACCAUUGCCCGUGGGUCGGUCAGUGCAUCGGACUGCGCAACUACCGGUUCUUCUGCUUGUUCAUAUCGACGUCGACGUUUCUCUGCAUAUACGUCUUCACCUUCUCGUGGCUGAACAUAAUUACCGAAAGGAAUCACUACCAUAACUCCAUUUGGAAGUCGAUGAAGGGAGAGGUUCUGUCUCUCGUCCUCAUAGUCUACACCUUCAUCAUAGUGUGGUUCGUCGGCGGCCUCACUGUCUUCCACUUCUAUCUGAUGAGCACCAAUCAGACGACGUAUGAGAACUUCCGAUAUCGAUACGAUAAGAAAGAGAAUCCCUACAACAAAGGUUUCUGGGGAAACUUCAAAGACGUGUUCUUCUCAAAAACCCCACCUUCCAUGCAUGAUUUCCGAUCGCUGGUGAUUGAAGAAAUAGUAGAAGCUGGGUCUGGAUCUUACACUCCAAACAUUGGCAUGGAUGUGAUGAGGCCAAAGGAGAAGAUUGACAUAGAGUUGGGGAGUAAGCUUUCGAUGGAUGGCAAUCUGUCCAUUCCAAGCAUACUGCAGAACUUGGAUUACAGUAGCAUCGAGGAUAGUGCAAAUGUGAAGGGUAGGCGAGAGGAUGAUGGAUUGGAUCCAUUUACCUUUCCUGUUGCUCAAAAGCCUGCUUCUCAUGCACCAAAGCAUUCCAUGCAAAAAAGCUAUGAUGAAUAUGGAUUUUCCGGAGAUGAAAGGGCGAGUGAGGGAUCUGAUGGAAGUGUCAAAGAUGACCAGGUCUUGCAAUCAAUAUGAGGUUUAGCUCAAGUUGUGAUUUAGAAGCUCAUAUUUGGGUGCCGAAGACCAACUUUUUUGUUCUUAUGGUCGUUGAUCCGCGCGAGAUGAGAGUUCGACGAAUCGUCUACGGAUUUUCUCAUAUAUACAGAAAAAAAAAGAAGAAGAGAAUGAAAAGAAAUCAUCACUGCACUCUAAAGUAAAGGAAAAAAAAAAGAUCAAAAAAUUUCCAAAAUACAUUUCUUCAAGUGUGAAAUAGUAAGGGAUGCAUGCUGGAGUAAAUCAAAGGGAGAGAGAGUAGAUUCUCACCAAAAUGUUGUGGUUUGUGCAUAAUUAUGAACCGUUGUUUCUAUUA